CUCGUUUGUUUUGCACACAUUGCACUGUUUAAGGUUAUUUUAAGGAUAUUUAAAAUGCCAGGAGGGUAUUUUCGUAUCUUGAUUAUUCUUCAGUGUGCUCUUAUUGGUAGAGGGGUUGGUGGGCAGACAGUGAGUGGAGUGUUACAUGGUCGAGCAGUGCUCCACACAUGCCAUGGACACGAACAAGAUGUGACACGAGUGGAAUGGAGAAAAUAUAGAAAUUCAACAUCAAAACAUUUAUUAUAUAUAUUUGAAAAGCCAAACAUUACUACAUGCAUAACCAACCCAUGCAUAUUUUAUUUUGAUAUAAAGAAUAUGAGUCUUAUUGUGGCUAAUCUGACCGCCGAAGAUGAAGGCAUUUAUGAGGAGAAAACAAUUUUAAACAGUACAAACACGAAGCUCUGUAACAUCACGUUAUCUGUGCUAUCUCCUCCAGCUGUAUUAGGGAUAGCCGUGUCCCCUUCUCGCUGCCCUCUGACCCUGAGGUGUGAGGUGAGAGGAGAGUUUCUGAACCUGCGCUGGUUGCGAAACGGACUGCCACUGCCAGAGGACCAGAGAAUCUCCUUCAAUGAGACAAACCGGACCAUGCGUGUGUCCUGCCUGAACGCCUCAGACCGGGGAACAUACACCUGUCAGGUUUCAAAUGCAGCUGGAUCAUCAGAGGCACAUGUCAACAUCACACCAGAGUGUGAAUGUGAUGAGCCCCUACUUCCCAAGGAGGAAGCUGAUACUUCGCAGGUGGACUUUUUGUCAUAUGUCGACACAGACUUUACAAAGCCAAAAGCUUCUCAGCAGAUCACGGAUAACAGGCAGCCGGCUGAGGACUUUAUGGAAGUCUUCUACACCACUGCAGACAAUGAGGAGAACAAACAGCCCCCUCAAACCACGUAA